CGAUCGAACCCAGGUCGUGGUUCGUUCCACCCACCCCUCUCAUCUCAGACCACCCACGGUUCAAGGUCCAAACCAACCCCCUGACCCACAAACUCCCUCGUGCCUCCUCUCCAUUUGCCACCCCACCACGCAGAGAACCUUCUCUGGCGUCUCCUUUAAGCUAAGCAUAAAGCGAUCUCAAUCCAUAAACCCAGGUGCUCUCUCUAUCCGUCUCUGCCAGAAUGGCACAGCUGCCGGACCCUGGGCCCAGCCACCCAGACCUGGGUGCACAGAAAGCAAUAAAAAGUCGCCAAACGGGAUUGAUAUAAUGACUGCCCAUGGGCUUCUUCUCUUGCUCUCUCUCUCCUCUUUCUCUCCCUCCCUCUCUCUCUCUCUCUACACUUGUAACGUGCGCCUUUACGCUUCCACUUCUUCCACAGAAGGCCGACCGCCACUGCCCACGGCGGACAAGGGCGUGCCGAGGGCUUGGCACGCGCCUCUGCACCGCUCGGGCCCUUCGUGUCCCCCACUUGACGACGGCCGCCCCCUCUCUCUCUCUAGGUGCUUUCUCUCUCUAAGCGCUCACCCAACUGUAACGAACCCCUGCACCUCGUUUUUAACGGUCCCGCCAAGUGCGGUUCGUUGCUCUCACUUGCUGCCGGGGUUGAAAUUUUGAAGUUUCUAGUUUGCGCUCGCGCGCCUUUAUAUCUUAGGAUCCGAUUUGGACGGUGCCUCUGCGAUCCAAAUUUCAGUUACGGUGAGAGAGAGGGGCAUGUAGUAUUUAGAUUUUAGGAGAUGGUGUUGAUUCUUGUUACUGGUUCUGUAGCUAUGGAGGAGAUAUAUUUGUUGAUUUGCUGCGAUGGUGGAGCUGAGACUGAGAGGGAGUGAGCACGGGUUGGGGUAGCCAUGCUCGAGGUUCUGUUUGGUUGGCGAAAGGCUUCAAAAUGCAAAAGCCUGAUAAGGCAGGUGCAGCGUCGUCUGAAAGUGGUCAGAAACAAGCGGGCUCAAGUGGUGAAGCAGCAACGCCGUGACGUUGCUCAGCUUCUUGAAGACGGUGACCAAAACAGUGCUCUCGCCCGUGUUGAGCAACUCUUGAAGGACCAAGACAUCUUGAUUGCAUAUGAUUUACUUUAUACCUAUUGUGAAUUCAUCCUCAGCCAAAUUCCAUACAUCCGCAAGCACAAGGAUUGUCCCAAUGACAUAAAUGAAGCAGUUUCGAGCCUUAUAUUUGCAGCUGCAAGAUGUGCAGACCUUCCUGAGUUGCAACCUUUGCGGCGAUUAUUUGGAGAGCGCUAUGGCCAUCAGUUUGCAGUGGCAGCUGUGGAAUUGUUUCCUGGUAGCCUUGUGAAUCGUCAGAUAUGUGAGAAACUGUGCACUACGACGAUAUCAGAAGAUGAUAAGCUCAGAUUCAUAUCUGACUUGGCAAGAGACUACAGGCUUCGACUGGGUCCUCCUAAGGUUGAGGAUGAUCAGAGGCUUCCCCUACAAGAGGUCCAGGGGUUGCAUGUUAAAAAGAAAGAAUCUGUGCCCAGAAGAGAUGAGGAGGUUGGGGAAAGGGAGAUUCAAGUUAUAUUUAGCAGUAUCAAUGGCGCAAACAGGAACUCCACCAAAUUGUAUGGGCCAUUCCAGCAUUAUGGACAGAAGCACAGGGGACAUCUCCGACGAGAUGAGAGAGGAUCAACAUGGAAACAACUGAGGGAGAAUUCAUGCCAGUGUCGUGCUGCCUCAGACGUAACCACUAGUAAUUUGAGAGAUUCAAAUUCUCAAGUAAUAAAACCACAACCUCAUGUGCGCUCCUCUGUUCUUGAUGGCAUGCUCAGUAAGCAUAUGGAGAUGGAUCCUGAAUUUGAAUUCACCCAUGUUAAGGAUGGAUAUUCUAUGCAGACUUUUGUUCAUGGGUUGAAAUGGUCACCACAAGUCCAAGAGGGCGUCGUAGUUAAUACUGAUCGAGGUGAAGAAUUUUGUCCAGAGUUCAAAGAAGAUAGUGAAAUGGGAAAGAACAGAGUUGUUAAGUUAGCAUCACAUGAACUACAUCACAAAGAAAGUCAUCUCCAACCCCAAGAGAAGGGUGAUCGCAUAACGAAGCAGAUGCCUUUGAAAAUUCAAAACCAGAAAGAUGUUAGGAAGGCCACGAGAGUUAGUAGCAACACACCCCAAAGUGCUCACACAGGAGAUUGCCAUUUGACAAUGAGCAUGAAAGAUGUGGAAUAUGCACUUUAUUAUGAUGAGGCGGAAGAAGACAAUUCGGAUAUGGAAUGUUCUAAAUGCAAGUGGAAACUGGAAGAGGGCCUGUAUAUAGAAAUCGACCUCCCAUCCGCAAAGGGAAGGAUAUUCAGAAGAAAGAGGACUCAGGAAAAUGGUAAGGUUUUGAGUAAUGGAAGAAGAAACUCCAAUAAUGGCAACAGAACAUCAUCAAGAAGGCAACGGCUAAAUCAAGAGGACACCCUGUAUGCCAAUCGAGAUUUCCCCUGCAAAAUGCCCAUUAGUAAUGCCGAAGACCAUGAAUGUAAUUUCGUCGACGAAUUGGUUUAUGAUGGAAAGGGAUCAGAGGAUCAUCCUCAAUUACGCCACCCAUGUGGAAGCAUGAAAAGACAUUCUAUGGAGCAUCUGGAUUCCACGACCGAAAGCCUAAUGAACCAAAGUUCAAAUGGAAAACCUGUAGGAAAGGUUGGUACAUAUUUUUCUGAAAAAAAUGGUACCAACCUUCGUUCUUCACACUCACAUAACGGUGGCAAGUUAAUCCAAACAUCCAAGGAGUCUUUAAGUGGUCAGCAGGCAGGUGUAGAAAUUCCUGGCAAAAGCAAGGAAGAUAGAAGUACCUUACAACCUGGAGAGGGUGCCUCAUCAAAACAGUUACCUCAACCUCCUUAUAUGAGGGCCAAUACUUUGCCAAAUGAACGGUCAGGAUGCAGCCCCAUGGUGAGACAAACUGUUAGGUCGGUUUCGUUUCAGGCCAAUGAUUUAAGAGAUAGCCCGUCUCGUACUCCACAUGUACAUCCCAAGCUCCCGGAUUACGAUGACUUGGCCGCAAAGUUCAAGGCCCUUAAAGAUGAGCGCCGAAAAAGUAAUGCCUAAAUGAGCAGUAGUUGUAUAGUAAUAUGUAUAUUCAUCCUCAUUUCUUUUCUAAAAAGGAACUUUUUUUGUAAUAUUUUCCCAUUCUCCCACCUGCAAAACUGAAAUGAGAGCACAAAUAAUGUGUUGUGGCCAUUUCCAUCUAUUCAUUACGUAUGUCCUAUUUUUGUCCUAUUUUUGUAUUAGUAAUGAGGGUUCUAUA